GGCUGUUGUCCGCCGCUGCAUCCAGACGCCCUUUCCCGUUCCCAUUCCGGCCGAAGCCAACCGAACCCUCCCCAUCAAUCGCCAAGAACUAGGGUUUUUAUAUACACUCAACUUCCCAACUCCGAAAAUCUCUGGGGCUUUAGCUCUCUCCUCUUCUCCUUCUCGGCCUCGAUCUCUUCUCCGCCUCCAUGAAUCUCUCCCGAGCCUUCGCCUCCCUGUUCUCCUCUUCCUCCUUCCAAUCCAGAAAGCUAUCGAUUCGCCCCAUCGCAGUUGCCGCCUUUCAAUCCUCCGCUCUCUUCUCCACCGACGUCGCCGCCGCCGCACCGGCCAAGCGCAACUAUAAGGGGAAGCCGAAACCUAAGCCGGAAAAGGACCCUCUAGGGUUUUCGAAUUCCGACUGGAAUCCCUCUGGUCACAAGGAUCUGCCCAGGCCAACCGAGGUCCCCUAUCAGCCCAAGGUUGCCAAUUCGGUGCACCUCGUCGGGACUAUCGGCGUGCCUGUCCAGCUCCAGACAUUGCCCAACGGCUUGUACGCCGCUGUGUCGGUCCUCGUUCAGGAAAAUACUAAGGGUUUGCCACAGCUCUGGAUUCCAAUUAUUUUUCAAGGUGAUUUGGCACAAUGUGCUGCAUGUCAUUUGAAGGAAAAUGACCUUAUCUAUGUAAUUGGAAAGUUAAGUGGAGAUGUACCACCAUUCACAAUUAAAGAUGCUCAAACCAAAAUACAGGUCUUAGCUCAUAGCGUAAGUUUUGUGCAAAAAGAAUGUCCAGAAAAGGAAGGCCAGAAAGUGUCUGAAAAACAUGAGGUGGCUUCAGAUAGUUCAGCUGAGCUGGAGGAAAAUUCAUCUGGCCUGCACUUGUGGAAUGACCUUCUUGCAAACCCUCGUGAAUGGUGGGAUAACAGAUCAAAUCAGAGCCAUCCGAAGUCUGCAGCAUUUAGACACCAGGAGAGUGGCCAACUACUUUGGAUAAAUGACUCUACUCCAGAGUGGGUUCUAUCAAAAUUGGAUGGUCUGUCAUUCAGAAAUAGUGGCAAUUUAAAGAAGCCAGAGAGUUUAAGGAAGCCAGAGAGUUUAAAGAAGCCAGAGAGUUCUAUGAAAUUAUGGAGCGAUCUUGUUGUCAAUCCACAACAGUGGCGGGAUAAUCGGAUGGAUAAAGCGAAUGGAUUGAAAAUUUCCAAGUACCCAGAUUUUACGCACAAGGAUACUUGGAUAGGAUUAUGGCUUGAUCGUGCACCAGAUUGGGUAUUACCGAAAUUGGGUGGCUUAGUGUUCAUUGGAAGCAAUAAUACGGAAAAUCAAGAGACAAAAGAAAAUGUAGCACAAGCCCAAAAUACUGAAAAUGGAAUUGUUGGUGGGGAAAUUCAUAAAUUUAACAAAGGAAAAAAAUCUUCUGCAGUAUCCAAAAAUAAGAAUGACGAGGAUUUAUGGAGAAGUCUUGUGGAUAGUCCAAGCAAAUGGUGGGACAACCGAUCAAGUAAGUUGAAACCGAACUAUCCUGAUUUUAAACACAAGGAUACUGGCAAAGGUUUGUGGCUUGGUUCUUAUACACCUCAAUGGGUUCUACAAAGGUUGCCUCCAUUGAAUACUGAGAAAAAAGUUGUUGGCCAUAAGAAGGCCACCCUCGGAACAGCUACACUGCCUUCCUGAGCUACACAAGCUGCUGUUUUGACUCUUAUUCAGGUCCUGAUUUGCUCCUGAUGCAAGUUGUGCUAACUGCAUCCAUUUCAAGCUGUGGUGCACGUCACAUUCUCCUCAACAUAAUGAGCAUGAUCCAAAAGGUUCAAUUAUCUGGCAUAAAGAAGUCUUCUUCUGUUCUAGAUUAGAGUUGACAUGUACUUAUGUUGAUAUCAGUUAUAUCAAAUAUGUCUUGUUACUGAAAGAAGAAAAUGGCUGAUAUCCUUAGUUAGACUUAGACCUCUUUACCAAGGCAAUACCCUACUGUUAGAAUAGAGUUCUUGUACCUGUCAUUUGUCUUACUCUCCAUUUUGAACAUUUUUCUCUUGUUUCAUGUAAUUUGAACAUUUGCAAGUUCAACUAGAGCAACUGCCCUUUCAUUG